ACACUCUGCGGUAAAGGACAAGAAGAGGACAGGAAAAAAGAAGUCAUUUUUACCAAAUAACCCCAAGUGAAAGCAAAGCCCACCUCACCCCAAAUCCCAGGAAUUGUCCUUCUUCCUCUGCAUCGCCUGUUUAUCUUUCUUCUCUUUGUGCUUCUCAGGGAGUCUCCUAUUUGCAGUCACGCAAGCAGUACGAAGGUAUAUGUAACUUUGUGUAUAAGGGCUUGGACCUUUGGUCCUUCCCACCCCUUUGCUUUUUCGCAUUCUGUUUUUUGUUUGUAGUUUCUCGCUCUUUUGAGCAAGGGGCUUCUCUCUCUGAAAUCCCUUCACUUUGAUUUCUUGCUCCAAUGCUAACCCAUGAUCCUUCACGCGUAAUCCCUCUGUAACUUCCCGAAAACCUUUGGAUCUCCAUAACCAUGCCCGAAGGAUCUCCCUCUCCUCCUCCGAUUUCCGGCGAACCCGGUAACCGAUCCUCGCCGGAACCAAAUUCCGGAAACCACGUCCCUGAUUCCCAAAACGGCGUCGCUGCUUCUAAGGAAGAAACGACAGCCGCUCCUACCACUACGAGGAGCAACAGGCCGUCGCGCGCGUGCACCAUUCGCGCUGCGUCUCGUCUCUAUUCAUCAGUGCAGCCGGCGAUCCAACGGAAGUCCAAGGAGGCGAAGAAGGAGGAGAAGCAGGAGGACUCGCCGCAGCAGCAAUGCAGCAAGAUCGUGACGCCGUUAGUGGAACCGCCUCCUCCUUCGCAGUUGCCUCGGUGGAACCUGCGGUCCAUGUGGGAAUUAGCUUCUGUACUCAAUUUCUUGCAUGUAUUUAGGCCUCUCUUAAACAUCUCAGUAGAGUUUUCAGCUGAAGAAUUCGAGACAGCUCUUCUUAUGCCAAACGACACAUUAAGUGAUAUACACAUACCCUUGUUAAAGGUUGGCAAUCCCUCCAUCACAAGAAUGGCACUCACACGUGAUACUUGGAUAACUGUGAUGCAGGAAAAAUUGAAGGAUUGGUGGUUUUGGGUUGCCGAUGGGGAUGUUCCAAUUGUUGCUUCGCAUGGGGCGGAGGUUGAAGCAUAUAAAUCACUUGAUCUUGGGAUCCCUGUCAUCUUAAAAGCUUUAUGUGACAUUCGUGUUGAGCAAGAAGAUGUCCGAAGUUACAUCGACAACUCACUCAGACAUGGUGUUCAACUUUCAACAUUUCGAAAAGAGCGAAUUGGGGGUGAUUCUCAUGGAAUUUCUUAUUGGUAUGAAGAUGACCCAAUUAUUGGUCAUAGGUUAUAUCGUGAAACAAGGAAAACUGAAGUAGUUCAAGUGAAGAAAGGGAGGGCAAAAGGUUCAAAGGUUCUUUCUAAUACAUCAUAUCAAUGGGAAGCUGUUGCUACUAAUUUUGAUGAAUUUCAAGAUGUUUCUGAGAAGCUUUGCUCAAGCAGAAAUAGAACUGAGGCUUCUCUAGGGAAAAAACUGAAGAUAGACAUGCUUCCAGAGAUUGAGAAAGUUCACAAGAGGAAGGAGAGGUUGCUGAAAAAGCAACACAGACAGGCUCUUCUUCUUGAUAAUUUCUUAGGGGUUGAUGGCCUUGCUACUGGGCGUUCACUUCGUGAUAGGAAGCCUGUUACUUACACAUUUGAUGAUUAUGAUCGGUCCAUCAGUGAGGCGAUUAAAGUAACCAAACAAAAACAACCAUCUCCAGAACCUACGUCCAGGAGAGAAAUAGUAGGAAAACAUGAAACCUUGAGUAAUGGUAGACGGAGUGGUCCUUCACAUGCCUCAGAACAUCUGGAUUUUAGCAUGCCAUCUCCGAAAUCACCUGACUUUGAUGAUACAGAAGAAGAGCACAAAUCUGAAUUAUUGGACCGAAGCAAUCGGCGAAGACAGAGGCCUAUGCGUUACUCAGAGAAAGAAUUUGUCGAAGCAUUGUCAGAUAAUGAGGCUGACUAUGACAGUGAUGAUGAUAUUGUCGGAGAAGCUGUAUAUGAUGAAGAGUAUCUCAGGAAACGUAAGCAGAGAAGGAACCGUUCCAGUAGCUCUGAGGGAGAUGAUGAAUAUCAGUGGGAUGAAGACAAUGUUGAAGAAGAAGAAGAUGACGACGACGACGAAGAUUCUUUGAGUAUCAGUGAAGACAGUGACAAGCCUCGGAAAUCUAAGCAAUUGCCAGGUCGCACUAGGAGAGAAACUAAACUCAGGUCCGUAGAUGAGAUUAGCAUUGGUUUGCGACGCAGCAAGAGGGCCACCAGAAACCGUAUCAAUUACCGUCAAUAUGAGAUGUCAGAAUCAGAGCCAGAGUCUAUGAAACCUGAGAAGUCUAAUGCUUCAGACAAUCACUCAGGUCCCAGCGAAAAUGGUGAUUAUAUGAUGGAAGAUGAGGAUUCAGAUGACGAUGAUGGUGAAGAUCAGGAAACAAAAGUAGAUAAUGAGCACCAUGCUUAUGUUGAGGUGGAAGAGAGAGAGAGGCAAAAUCUACCUCCUGCAAAAUCAGAUCCCAGUCAGGAGGAUGGUGAGGGAUCAAGAAAAAGACGAUUCCUUGAUUUGAAUGAGCUUGCCCCUUCCUCUGGCUUUGACGACGGUCUAAACACAAUAAUGAAAGAUGAGGAUAAUAAUGUUCAAGCUUCCCCUUCUUCCUGAUUGCAGGCGUUGUAGUUUUCUAUCAAGAAAGUCAAUGUGUAUGAUAAUAGAACUAUAAAUUUUUGUUAUGAGCCCCAGUGGAAGGUGCCGUCAGAUCUCUUCCCUAUGGUGAAUGAUUUGCCGCCAGAAGCAGCAUGAUACUGAGAUGUGUAGAUUAGGUAGUCAUUUUUUAGUAUGUCUACAUUCAAAGGCCCUACGAAAAUGAAUGAGAAUUUAUUGGGCGUUAUUUAGCCCAGCCAAUCA